AUGUCCGGUAAAAUCAUCAACAAAGCAAAAGCCAAUACUGACAACACCAGGCCUAAAAUCGUCUGGGACAACAGCGAUUUGGGCGAUGUCCUACCCGGACAUGAUGACCCCUUAGUCAUCCAAGCAAUAAUAGCUAAUUUUGGUGUUAAUCGCGUGUUUGUUGACCACGGCAGCUCUGCUGACAUCUUAUUUUUACUUUGUUUUAGGGCGUUAGGGUUUGCGCUAAAUGAUUUAACCGCUGUUGUUGGUGAAAUGUCAGGUUUUAAUGCAACAGUAACCAAGCCCCUUGGCAUGAUAAAUCUACGCUUGUCAAUGGGAACGCCGCCCACUUCAAAGUCUGCAGACAUCCAGCUCCUGGUUCUCGACACCCCGUCAGCAUACAAUGCCAUCCUCGGAAGGAGGAUGUUUGCCGCUUUCGAGGCGAGUGUGUCUCAUCCACACUUGGAAAUGAAGUUUGUAGCAAGGGAUAACAAAGUCGCAACGGUUAAAGGAGACCAAAUGGUAGCACGAAGCUGUUACAACAUAUCUUUGAAACCGGAAACCAUGGUUUCCUUCAAGGACCAACCUGCCCCCCAAUUCAUAACAACCCAGGUAACUGAAGAAAACCCUGGCAAUAGUAAUAAGGAUAUUAAUCAGUGUUUCUUGUAG